GGGCGUGCCAAAUAUUCCGUGGUUUGCCACGUGGCAAGUUCUGAUAGGCCAAAGCGUCGUGGCUGCACAGGGGGGUUCUGGUACCCAGCAGAGACUGCACCAGAACAUUUUCGGUGCAAGUUUCAAUUUUUUUGGGUUAGGAAUUUGCUUUGAACGGAACAAGAAUCCAAUAGAAGAAAGAAGAAGAUGUGGCUUUCGGAUCAUCGAUUGUUUCUUCUCUGCAUUGUUUGUGGCCUUUACUUUUCUCUGCAGUUCACAACGGGUCAUGCAGAUUCAAAUGCUGGAAGGAAUUGGUGUGGCUAAUAUAUGAUGUCAAUGUUCAGAACUUUGAAUCAGGAGGGUGGUGAUCAUCAAAUACAUUGCUCUAGAGAAAGAAGUAGAACAGCUUGGAAAAUCAUUCAAGAGUAUUUGAUGCCCUUUGUGGAGAAAGAAAAAUACCACAUCUCAAAAAGGUGUAGGCUUCACCCUGACAAUGACAUAUACAGAGAUCAGGAGCAACAUAAGUUUCAUACAGAUAUAAACGAAUGGCAGUGUGGGUUCUGUAAGAAAAGUUUCUAUGAAGAGAAACAUCUUGACCAGCAUUUUGACAACAGACACUCCAAUUUGCUUAAUUUGAGUGAAAGCCAGUGCAUAGCAGAUGUUUGUGGUGCACUGCACUGUGACCAUGAAAUGAAUUCUGGAUCAAAAAAAUCAAAGUGCAAUCCUGCUGCUGCUGCAAAAAAUAAACAUCUAUGUGAGAGCUUAGCCGAUAGUUGUUUUCCUGUCACCGAGGGCCCUGCGGCAAGCCGACUUCAUGAAUUCUUCUUGCACCAAUUCUGUGAUGCACACAGCUGCACUGGAAAUAGGAAACCUUUCUCCAGAGGGCGCAGGAAGAAGACAAAUGUGUUCUACAUCUUUGUGUCUAUUUUGCUGGUGAUACUGCUGCUACUAUACUACCUCUACAUUUACUUAUAUCAGAGAGGAAUGAAAAGGGAAACUCAAGUGCUGAAGCGCGUCUCACAAGCCAGCAGAAAGAAAAAGCCAUCUUAAUUGAUUGUUCUUUCCACAAAAAGAAGUUCUCAACCUAGAUUUUCAGAAAGUAAAGGUGUCACUAAUGGAUAGAGUGUGAACUGCACGUAAAUCUACCUACAUUACAUUUUCAGAAAGUUAAGGUGUAACUAAUGGAUACAGUCAGAACUGCACUUGGAAUCCAGUUUACGCUAUUCUGCUAUUUGCAAGAGUACGUUUGAAGGCAGAAAGAGAUUGUCAGCUUCAAAAAUGACUUCUAUGUGAUUUGCUAGUUUGUAAACCAAAUUCUUGUAAACUUUUUGAACAAAAAGGGGGCUGCAUGACUGAAUCCACCUUAGUUGGCCAUUUGCAUUUGAUUGUGCAUGACAGCACUAACAAGAAAAAAUAACAUGAACAUUUGCAACGUAUUCUCUCAAUUUGUUUACUGACUUUAUCAGGAUUUAUUAUGUACCUUUUCACAUCAUCUAAAGUGAUUUGUUUUAAAUGAUCUUUGAGAA